GCAGAGCCACCCAUCAAAUCCGCUCUACAAUGGACGUAAUAUUCAAAAGAAACGUAUUUUCCUAACUUAAUCGUGUUUUUCUUGCAUUUUUUUAAACUUUACGUUGCAGUGCGAAGAAGCGGUCAUUUUAAUUGUGCACUUUAGUAAUAAUAAUAAUCAUUAUUUCGGCUAACAUAAACUCAGAUUGCUCAGCUGGUCUUGUAGCCAGCUGAACUCUUAGUGUUUUUUCAUUCUUCAAGGCCUUUACCAUUACUAUAUCUGGACCCUUUCAGCUUUUAAAGUGCUCGGCUGUUUGUCUUUUUUUUGCCACCCUGUUUCACUGCUUUCGCUCUGGUCUCCUCCAGUGUUUGAUAUUCUGGACCGGAUUGGGUCACCACUUGUCACAGUGCCAUGGCUGACAGCAGCAUAGUUACUUUAGGGAUGGGCCGCAGCUUGGUGGACUCCUCCAUAUAUGACUCCAGGAUGGCAGAGACCACUAAGGAACAAUUUUUCAUGGGUCUCCACACAGAGGAGACAGAGGAUGUAUUACCCAGAGUUGAGACCAGGGUGGUGUUGGUAGGGGAGGCCGGCAACUGCGCAGAACUUGAGAAAGCUCUACAGGCCAUCACAAUAAUGGAAGUCCCGGUGGUAAAGAUUAAAGAAGGCCAGCCGGGCACGGAGGCACGCGAGAAAUUGAUAAAAUCUAUAGUCAAUAUGGAUAUAAACACCCCCUGUAUCAAGACUGACAAUGUCAGAGAUUUUGGCGAUGGAGAAAAUUGUGAGUUUGAGACGGUUUUUGUACUAAAAGACUUCCAGGCUCCAGAAUGCAGCUUCCUGUACAAAAACGACAGUCGUAUCCUUGGGCCUUCAGCGGUUAUGUACUGCGCCAGCAAGGGAGAGCCUCUGCCGUUCUCCUCCAGGCCUCUGUACUCUAUGACCAUGCUGAACUUGUCUCUCUGCUUCACUGGUUUCCGUAAAAAGGAUGAAGUGGUGAACCUGGUCAAUUUAGUCCAUCACAUGGGCGGCACUAUCCGAAAAGACUUUGACAGCGCUAAAGUCACACACCUCAUUGCCCAUUCGACACACGGUGAAAAAUACAGGUUGGCAGUGUGCAUGGGCACACCCAUCCUCACCGCUGAGUGGAUACGGAAAGCAUGGGAGCACCGAGAUGACAUUAAUUUUCACGCAGGCAGUGAGGAGUUCCGCACAGAGUUUAAAGUCCCUCCGUUCCAGGACUGUGUGCUGAGCUUCCUGGGUUUCUCUGAGGAGGAAAAGACCAACAUGGAGGAGAGAACACAGAAACAUGGUGGUUGGUUCCAGGCAGUUGGUGAUGAAAGGUGCACACACUUGGUGGUUGAAGAGAAUUCCAUUAAGGAACUGCCCUUUACACCCUCCAAAAGAUUGUAUGUAGUGAAGCAGGAGUGGUUUUGGGGCAGUAUACAGAUGGAUGCCCGUGCUGGAGAAUCUAUGUAUUCUUAUGAAAAGUCGGAGAGCCCUGCGAUGAAGAAGGCCGUGUCUCUGCUGUCUCUCACGACACCCAACAGCUGCCGGAAACGUAGGCGUCUCAGAGAAACGUUGGCUCAACUCACUAAAGAAACAGAAAUUUCACCCUUCCCCCCACGCAAGAGACCUUCAGCAGAACACUCCCUCUCCAUGGGUUCCCUGCUGGACAUCUCCAACACUCCAGAUACCUGCAAAUCCAGUGGAGAAUGCAAGCACAGGAGGAGCAGCAGUAGGCAAAGGAGUAAAAGAGAGAGGGAGAGGAAGAGUAGUACAGAGAAUGAUUGGCAACUGCAGCGCACCAGCACUCCUGUAUGCAGCCAGGAAUACCAUACAGAGAAUGCCAGACCCCCCAAAAGCUCGACUCCCGCCCUGCCCAAGCAGUCAGCACGAUGGCAGGUCUCCAAGGAGCUCUACCAAACCGAGAGCAACUACGUUGAUAUCCUGGCCACAGUCCUGCAGCUCUUCAAAUACCCACUGGACAGAGAGGGCCAGGUGGGUGGCCCGAUCCUUGCUCAGGAAGAGAUCAAGACCAUCUUUGGCAGCAUUCCAGACAUCUAUGAAGUGCAUACUAGAAUAAAGGCGGAUCUUGAGCAGCUGGUGAUGAACUGGUCUGAAGAGAGGAGUGUUGGAGACAUUAUUUUGAAAUAUUCUAAAGAGCUGGUGAAGGCGUACCCACCAUUUGUCAACUUCUUUGAGAUGAGUAAAGAGACUAUAGUAAGAUGUGAGAGGCAGAAGCCAAGAUUUCACGCAUUCCUGAAGAUUAAUCAGGCUAAACCAGAGUGUGGCCGACAGACCCUCGUGGAGCUUUUGAUUCGUCCUGUGCAGAGACUGCCGAGUGUCGCUCUCCUACUGAAUGAUAUAAAGAAACAUACAUCGGAUGACAACCCAGACAAAGUGACUCUAGAAAAGGCCAUCGAGUCUCUCAAGGAAGUGAUGACGCACAUAAAUGAGGAUAAGAGGAAAACAGAGGGACAGAAGCAGAUCUUUGAUGUUGUUUAUGAAGUGGAUGGCUGCCCUGCCAAUUUGUUGUCGUCACAUCGGAGUCUGGUCCACAGGGUGGAAACCAUUGCUCUUGGAGACAAACCCUGUGACAAGGGGGAACACGUCACGCUCUUCCUCUUCAACGACUGUUUAGAGAUUGCCAGGAAGAGACACAAGGUGAUAACCACGUUCCGAAGUCCAUUGGGUCAGACGCGGCCGCCGGCCCAGCUCAAACACAUUGCUCUGAUGCCUCUGUCCCAGAUCAGGAGAGUUUUGGACAUUCAGGACACAGAGGAGUGUCAGAAUGCCUUCGCCCUGGUUGUACGUCCUCCUACGGAACAGGAAAACCUGUUAUUCAGCUUUCAGCUGACUGCCGAAGACACCCUUAAAUCUGCUUGGCUCAAGACCCUCUGUCGUCAAGUUGCCAACACAAUCUGCAGAGCCGAUGCGGAAGAUCUUAUUCAGAGCACUGAUCCUGACUCCGUCCAAGUGAGCACAAAGGACAUGGACAGCACGCUCAGCCGAGCAUCAAGGGCCAUCAAAAAAACAUCAAAGAAGGUCACCAGAGCUUUCUCCUUCACUAAGACCCCUAAGCGUGUGCUUCAGAGGGCAUUUUUGGCCAAUGGUACUCCAGAUGAGAAGAGUCCUGGCCUAGACCUUGAUCGCAUGGGGCGAAUGACAAGCAGUUCCACACUCGCUAUGUCUCGUUCUGCCUCUACAUUCAGUCUGACUGGUUCUAUUAAAAGUGCUGUGGUCCAGCGGUCAAACUCACUGGAUCACGCCCCGCGGACCAGGGUCCCGGUGUGUGUCCGCACAGCAUGUAGUCCAGAGAAGGGUAGUGAACCAGCACCUCCCAAGACCCAGUCCAGACUAUCCGUCCUCUCUCUCCCAGCGCCCCAAGCCGUAACUAAGCCCGGCCCACAGUGCAGAGAGCUGCUGGCAGCCCCAGAGCCGCAGCGCAGGUUCCCCGGUUCCCCACGGAAAGAGACCCUCCUUUAGGACUCUUGAAUGCAGUUCAUUCCCCGUCCAUGGUCAACCUGUCAUCUGCAUUUGAGAGGAAGUACCAUACCUUCAGCCGAUCCACAACUCACCUGAUCUGAACUUUUUGCUGCCUUGUUUCCUGCACUACAGUAUUGCAAUUAACUUCCACAAAAUCCGCCCCACGCCUCCACCACCAGGUUUAAUUUACAGAUUCAGAAGGGUUCUGUUUAACCUACCAAAUGAAGGAAGAUUUGUUGAUGUCAAUGUCUGUGCACAUUUAAUUAACAGAUAAAGAGACAUUAAUAACUGACAUUUUCUAUUAUGAUUAGAGGGGUAGACUUUUUGUCACUCAAUUAUUAACCACUGGAAGUAUUUCUUAAAGUUUUAUGAGGUAGGCCCAAAUCUAAGCUAAUCUAGUUUCCAGCUUUUAUAAAGCUAUAGACAUCUGUACUUUGCAUUUAGUGAAAAAGUGCAGAGAGCUGCCACACCAAGGUCUGACAUGGCCUUACAUUUUUGCAUACUUUUAGAAGUGAUUUUAAUUGAUUGUAAAAGGCAAAAGAGGGUGGUUGCACGCAGUUCUGCAUAUUUAUUCUCAAGAAUCACCUCUUUAUAUAGUUUAUGUAAAUCCUGUAUCUCUUCUCUGUCUAUGCUGCUCUCUCUAUUUAUGUGUAAAUAUUGUAUUUUUCCUCUCUGGGAUUGUGUCAUACUAAUAAUUGUUUGUCUUAUUUUGGUUGUAUCUUUGUAGUAUCUGCACUUAUGUCAACAAACAUUUAUUCAUGUGUAAAGUAAAGUUCAUUUUAUUUUAUUUUUUUCUGUAAAAGGUAUUGAUUUGAGGUCUGACUUGAACUGCAGAUUUGUUUGGAUUGAGCUUGAUGUAUGAUAUUGGUUUGACUACUUUUGAAGGUGACUUCAUUUAUUCUAUUUCAAUAAAAGAAG